UUUUAUCGUAUAGUGAUGACAAAAAUCAAAAUAGUUUAGACACAGAACUUAAAAAACUGUCUUAUUGUAUAAGAAUUUAUCUGCUGAGUUGUUUUUGAUAUUAGGUUAAAGAUGAGGAAAAAAGCAAUUAAUUUAUUUACUUUGUGUCACUAACCAUUUCUCCAUUUUUCUCUUUUGAAUUACAGUCAUGUCACGAAGAAGCUCUAGACUGGCAUCCCUUGGAUAUUAUGAUAGUAAUGGUAUACCAACCAUAAAUUACAAAGAGACACCUUGGAGAUCACGUAAAAGGCGAAGAGUUCGUCCUCAAGUCCCGGAGGAGAUGAUAUCUCCUGUAGAAGACGAGUUCCCCGUCUGCAACACUUUUGAUGCAGAAGAAGAGUGCAGUAAAAUAAAACUGCUACUUUCUAUGUUAUAUGUAUUUUUAAUAAUCUUCAGUGUUGGACUUGCAUUUCUGAUUAGUGCAAUGAGCAUAUAUCGCCCCGAACAGUAUAUUGAACAACCGUGUUUUCAAAUCAUGCACAAGGAGAAUUUUAAGUUAAAGUGGAAAGAACCAAAAGCAGAAUUUCUGCCAAAUGUUGCUCUGGCAUCACUAGGAGCAAACGUUGUAUCUGGCAGGACCUCAGCAUCAUACAAUUGGAAGAGGCCAUUUUUCUGCAAACUUUUUCGAACAUGCAAAUUAGUUUCUCCAGGAGUUGUCAUACAGGGAUCAUCAGAACUGCUUCCUGGAAACUGCUGGUCCUUUGCUGGUCAGCAAGGACACAUUACUAUUAACCUGUCUCACAAAGUUCCCAUCAGCCAUGUGACACUCGGUCACAUAUUGAAGUCGGUGUCUCCAUCUGGCACCACACCAAGUGCACCUAAGGAGUUUUCUGUCUAUGGAAAGAAAACAGUAGAAGAUGAGGGAACUCUUCUUGGAACCUUUACAUAUGAUAAUGAUGGAGACCAGUUCCAAACUUUUAAAACAGAGGACCAUAGUGAGGACAUGUUUAGUUCAGUAAAGUUAAAGGUGAACAGCAACUGGGGCAAGCCGGAGUACACCUGUCUGUACAAUGUCAGAGUACACGGGAUGAUAAGUAGCCCAUACAGUAACCAGAAAAUGCUAGAGUAG